UUUCACUAGUGAGAGAAACGUCAUUUGAGCUUCACAAAAAAAAUGUCAUAAAAUUGAGUUUUUUCGUGAAUUUUGUGCAAAAUCAGAAGAGACGACGACCAGAGAAAUCUUUGAGAGGAAUUUAAAAUGCAUCUGGAGAGCAACUUUGCCGCCUGCUGAGUUGCUUUGCUUUUUGCAUCCGGAAGCGCGCGCCCCCAUUGCAGCUUUCUCCGGAGGAACAAAAUGGGUGACAAGGAUAUUCCCAGUGUUCCUAUCACGACACUGGCUGGAUUGACCAAUCUAUCUGACUUACUCAGUGAACUCCCAAUAAGUGAUCCAAAUCUUGUCACAUCGCUCCUGGAUAAAUCCCUUCUCUUCCAUCCGCGUGUGGCGGAGGAGGCACGUAAUCUCCUGGCCGUGCAGGACACCAAUCGUGCUCAGCAGCUCAUUAGGGCUCUUGAGCAAACAAACACGGAUCACAUUGAAAUCCUGGACGAAUUUAACGUCCCCGAAGCGUCGUCGAGUUCGACGCAAAACAACGUCCCGGAACUCCUGCAGGCCAUCUACAAACUCCGGCCAAAUGUCUUUCAGGAGGGAAGAUCAUCGUCUUCCUCUUCCUACGCCAAGACUCAAUCCUUUUCUGCUGAGGCCUUCCACCCACUUCCUGCCUACUACUUCCUGUUCCUCUGA